CUGUGGCUGAUCAUAACAACAGAUCUACAAAUGCUCUGCGCCAGCCGCGCUCCGCUCACGGACAAACAAGCCCUGCUUAUAGAUCUGCGGAGCGACCUCACGCCCUCCAAAAGCUUUUACAACACGCUCGACCCCUUCUCUGCUCGCUUGUCCUUAGCAUGGACUCGGAGCGUGCGAGUCCCCCCGAGCAGCGCGGCGCCAGCAUGGACCGUGUCGUCUCCUAAGCGCAGGCUCGGUCUCUUCCCUGUCCGGGUGUUCGCAUGGCCGGAGCCUGCUGCAAGUGUCCGGCCUCUCUGUCCGUGUUGAAGCGCUCUCUCUCGGUGGCGCCGCGGGGCUGCGGCUCCGCUCCCCCGCGCUCCCUCCUGCAGGGCUGGAGCAGGCGCGGGGAGAGGGGCCUGCAGGAGGCCGCCAGACCCUGUAGCGCCAUCCGAGCCACGGGCUUCUACCGACAAACGGCCUUUCUUUGUCUCUCCUGCCAGGAGUCGAUGAGCGACAGCCUGCGGACGUGCUACGUGUAUCUGAACCAGACCAGCCGGAGCUUUGCGGCCGUGAUCCAGGCGCUGGAUGGAGAGCUGAGACAUGCAGUUUGCAUCUUCUACCUGGUGCUCCGUGCGCUGGACACAGUUGAGGACGACAUGACCAUCCCCCUGGAGAAGAAGGUGCCCAUGCUUAACAAUUUCCACACGUACCUUUACCAGGAGGAGUGGUGCUUCACCGAGAGUCACGAGAAGGAUCGUCAAGUUCUGGAGGAUUUCCCUACGAUAUCACUGGAAUUUAGAAACCUUGCUCAGGAAUACAGAGACGUCAUCUCGGACAUCUGCCACCGGAUGGGAGUUGGGAUGGCUGAAUUUCUGGAGAAGAAGGUGGGAUCCAUGAAGGAGUGGGACCAGUACUGCCACUACGUUGCCGGUCUCGUCGGCAUCGGUCUGUCCCGGCUCUUCUCUGCCUCCCAGCUGGAGGAUCCAGAAGUGGGACGGGACACGGAGCUGGCAAACUCAAUGGGCCUGUUCCUCCAAAAAACCAACAUCAUCCGCGACUAUCUGGAAGAUACACAGGAGGGACGGGCUUUCUGGCCAAAGGAGGCAUGGAGCCAGUUUGCGAGUCGUCUGGAGGAUCUGGCUCAGCCCGAGAAGCUGGAGUCGGCUCUGUCCUGCCUCAACCUCCUGGUCACCGACGCUCUGUGUCACGUCCCCGACGUCAUCGCCUACCUGUCUCGGCUGCGCAACCAAAGCGUCUUCAAUUUCUGUGCCAUUCCACAAGUGAUGGCAAUAGCUACCCUGUCGACGUGCUACAACAACCCCAUGGUGUUUCAGGGUGUGGUGAAGAUCAGAAAGGGACAGGCUGUCACCCUCAUGAUGGAUGCCACCAACAUGAGAGCUGUGCAGACCAUCAUCGCCCAGUACAGCCAGGAGAUUUUGCAGAAGGUCUCCCUCACCGAUCCGUCGCGGGACAAGACGCUGCACAUCCUGGCUUUGAUCCAAGAGAAAUCGGCCCUCGCGCAACCGGGCCUCGGCUCCAGGAACCACCAUCGGUCUCCUAUGUACCUGUCGGCCGCCAUGCUGCUGGCCGCCCUGAGCUGGCAGUAUCUCAACACCACAGCUGCCCAGGCGCAGGGCACGGGGGACGUGUAGCGACGCUCUUCCUGAAGCUCACAGACUGGAAGAAAAACAAAACACCUCCCCCCCCCCUCUCUCUGGACGUCUUGCUCAUCCUUGGGAAACCCGAGGAGAAUUUUCCCACAUUGGAUUCAGGCGUUGGCUGAUGAAGAACCACAGACUUGUUGAACUUUGGAGUGGUUCUUGUGGCAGCCUGAUCUCAAACGAUUUCUGCCGCGUUGACAUGCGCUCGUCCAUCUUGUGUUUGCCGAAAAAAAAAAAGAAAAAAGGAUGAGUUUAGGAUUUUAGGGAACAGUCGCCAACCUUCAUGAAGUUUAUGUUGAAUUUUUGUCCGAAAGGUUAGUUUUAUGUUUUUAAUUUUAAAUCCUCAUGGUGAGAAAAGACUUGAAAGUAUGUCAGCGUUUGCACUGUUUGAUCACAUGGACAGAUUCCAAUAACCGAUUUAGUACUUCGCUCAGUUUUGACUUUAUUGACAAAUAUGCGGGAAGUAUCUCUCUGCUAAUUUUCUCAGGCCUGAACUGAACAGAAUGAAUAAAAUAAGGUAUUUUCAACAAAAGGAAUUUGUUAGCCAAGUGUCCUUAACAGCUUUGGGGAGUAGAAAGGCUAGCACAGAGUAACCUUGUACAGAACCAAAGGAGAGCUACAAACAUUGCUAUGUAAUGUGACAUUUCAUUUGUACAUAUUUGAAGAAAUAAAGAAGCUAAAGGAUCUGCGUGAAAUCCAAGGGUGUUUGGGCUUCUGUGUUGGCUUGUUUGGGUCAAAGAUGGAGAGCUUUGUUAAAAAUGAAGAUAUUUUAAUAGAUGAAGUCAAAUUUAUGCCAUCUUAAAUGUAAAAAAAUGUCCACAUCUACUACUUUGUUGCACUACCUCUGGUUUUUCUAACUGCUUGAUUAACUCAUGGAUUUAACUAAUGAAAAACUAUCUUUAAUCAAAUCCGAACAUUCUCCUUUAGUAAUUGACAGAUAUGCUAUGUAGGAUUGCAUCUUGACAUUUUCACCCCCAAUUUUCACAAUAAAUCAACAGUUAGAUGAAGAUC